AUGUUCUCCAAGCUCUCCCUCACUGUGACCUCCGCUCUGGCCAUCCUUGCUGUCGCCACGCCCACCCCGAACACCGCGCCCGCCGGGCAGUGCACCACCGGCGAACUGCAGUGCUGCCAGAGCGUGCAGGCGGCGACCGACCCGAGCCUCACCAAUCUGCUCGGCUCGCUCGGAAUCAUCGUCGGGGACAUCACCGGCCUCGUCGGCCUGAGCUGCUCCUCCAUCAAUGUUAUCGGCGUUGGCAGUGGUAACGAGUGCACGGCCAACCCCGUCUGCUGCACGGACAACGCUUGGGGUGGCCUGAUCUCGCUGGGUUGCGCUCCCAUUGAGCUCUAA